UUAAAACUUACCUGCUCAGACGGCGGACUGAGUUUUGAUAGUCCGCCAACCAUGACCCGCCAAGACUCAGCGGCCCCAGCGGGAAGCUUGAGCGUCCAGGGCCCCUCAAACCCCGGUUACAACACCAACCCUGUGCCGGUACCUGUGAUCACACAGACGGACACACGAGACAAAUGGAGCAAAAAGAUGGAUUUUCUUUUAUCAGUCAUUGGCUUCGCGGUAGACUUGGGAAAUGUGUGGAGAUUUCCAUACAUUUGUUACCAAAACGGAGGCGGGGCUUUCCUAAUCCCCUACAUUGUCAUGGCGAUCUUUGGAGGGGUGCCACUCUUUUACAUGGAACUGGCACUGGGACAGUUCCACAGAACUGGUGCCAUAUCCAUAUGGAAACACAUAUGCCCCAUCUUCAAAGGCAUUGGGUAUGCGAUCUGUGUCAUCUCGCUCUACGUCUCAUUCUACUACAACACCAUCAUCGCCUGGGCACUCUUCUACUUCUACUCGUCCUUCACCAGCGUCCUGCCCUGGACCAACUGUGACAAUGCCUGGAACACUGAAAACUGCACAAACUACUUCCUGAAAGACAACGUGACCUGGAAUAACUACUCCAGGUCACCUGCUGAGGAAUUUUACACGAGGAAUGUUCUGGAAAUCCACAAGUCUGAUGGGCUGAGUAACGUGGGGGGUGUUCGCUGGCAGCUGAUGCUCUGCCUCUUCCUCAUCUUCACUAUCGUUUACUUCAGUCUCUGGAAGGGAGUGAAGACAUCAGGGAAGGUAGUGUGGGUGACAGCCACCUUGCCCUAUGUGGUGCUCUUCAUCCUGUUGAUCCGUGGUGCCACCCUACCAGGUGCAUGGAAGGGAGUGGUCUUCUACCUCCAGCCCAAGUGGGAGAAACUCUUCGAGACCAGUGUGUGGGUAGAUGCUGCGGCUCAGAUCUUCUUCUCCCUGGGGCCAGGCUUUGGGGUACUCCUUGCCCUCUCCAGCUACAACCCCUUCACCAACAACUGUUAUCGUGACGCCAUAGUGACCAGCCUGGUGAACUGCCUGACCAGCUUCAUGUCUGGGUUUGUGAUCUUCACUAUGCUGGGGUACAUGGCAGAGAAGAGAAAUGUGAAUGUGGAGGAUGUGGCCAGAGACAAAGGUCCAAGCCUACUCUUCAUCACAUAUCCAGAGGCCAUAGCCAACAUGACAGGAUCAACGUUCUUCGCCAUUAUCUUCUUCGUGAUGAUGAUUACUCUUGGGCUUGACAGCACGUUCGGAGGACUGGAGGCUAUCAUUACUGCUGUGAUGGAUGAAUACCCUGAAUACCUGGCACACAGACGGGAGCUGUUUGUACUGGGCUUGGUCGUUGUUUGCUUUUUGGGCUCCCUCAGCACUCUUACCAAUGGUGGGGCCUAUGUGGUGAAACUGCUGGAGGAAUUUGGGGUGGGUUCCUCCAUCAUUGCUGUUGGUUUUCUUGAGGCCAUCGCUGUUUCCUGGUUCUAUGGUAUCACAAGAUUCAGCAAUGACAUUAAAUCCAUGUUAGGCUAUUAUCCUGGAUUAUUCUGGAAGGUGUGCUGGGUGGCUAUUAGUCCUGCAUUUCUAGCGUAUAUAAUAGUGAGCUCCUUGCUCAAGCCUGCGCCCCUCCAACUCUUUGACUACAAGUACCCAGACUGGAGCAUUACGGUGGGCUACAUCAUCGGUGCCUCGUCCUUCAUGUGGAUCCCCAUCUAUAUGGUCUACAAGCUGGUGUGGACCCCCGGAUCACUGAAACAGCGCCUAGCUGUGUGUCUGAGACCUGAGAGGACCAUUAUGCCAGAGAUCCACACAGACUCCCUCAACAUGAGUACUGUUCCAUAGAAGCACCCACGUUGCCAAGAACCCAGCCAGGCACAUUAUGUUGCUACCAACAGACUCCUGAACGAGAGCCAAAUCAGCAGACACAGAUCAAUCUCAUGGAGCAUUCGACAACUAUUUUUUUCUGUAGCUCAAUGAGUACAAUAAACACAAAUAGUCUGUUAAUACAUCUGUAGAUGCUCUACAGAAUAUCUACAGACUAUCGGUAACAUUUCAACUAACUAUCUACUAAUCCUAACCCUAACCUUAACCCUUAUCCUAACCCUAGCUCUAACCUUCACCCUUACCCUAACCCUUAUUCUAAACCUAAACCUAACUGUAACCUUAGCAAGCAGUUGCUUAUCAACAGAUAGUUUGUUGAUAGUAUGACUAUCCAAGUAAAGUGUAACAGGGGACUUUAAUGUAACGAUAAAAUGAAAUAUGAAUGAAUAUUCAGUCUGAAAGCAUCCUUAAAAUACAUUUUAUUUUGGACAGAAAAUAUAUCGCUGAUCCCAAGGUUCCCAGGUCUGAUCCCAGGUUUCUACGGCUUGAGACAACCACACAAUCACAAAGAGCAUCUUGCUAAGACUGUCAUAAUAAGAUAAGGUUGUAAGACUGAAGGACACAAUGCAGUCACUUCUCAUCAAUGACUUAUUUUUGCUAGGUUAUUAUUAAGAGUUCAAAAACAUGACCCAGUCACAUUAAAUUACCAUUGUAUUUUUGUUUUUGUGGCGUACCCUUCUAAGCAACCACAGUGAGAAGCAGUUCUGGAAAAAAUCUCAUCAACAUCCCAAAACAUAAAAUUGCAGGGGAUAUUUUUUAAGAGUAUUAGUUCAAUAAGAUGAAUAACCAAUAUGUAUUAAUAUACAUGUCAAUAACUGUUUUUCAUACAGAUAAUGUAAUUUGUUAUGUGUGAUAAGUAAAACAAGUUAUACUGUGUGGCUGACAAAUGGUUGAUGUCUUAAACGUUUUUUCAAUGGAUUUUUACCAACAAUAGUUCCUCACCAACAUGCAAGUGAAAAGGAUUAGGCCUACCUCAAAGAAUGCAGUUAGCAGGUGAGACCAAAUAAGCUGCUAAAAGUAUUUCAUUUUUGGUUAUGCUUUAUUUCAUAGUCCUUUAUUUACCUGGAAUUUACUUGGAAAUGUAGGUGAAAUGAUAAUAACAUAAUUAUUGUUAUGCAUUUGGUUUCUGGGCCUUUCCCAAUUGUUUUGAACCAGUUGGUACCCAUUUGACCAGUUUCUUAGUAAAUACCCGUUGCAAAGGGACUACAAAAUAUUUUCUCCUAAGUGUUUGUUGUUGGGAUAAACAACUUCCAGUGUUUUCUGCCUUAAAUCUGCCUAAAUAUUGUAGAUAGGUCAAAGCUUUAUAUAAUAUCUAUUGAUAUUUCGCCUCUCCAGACAAAAAACUAAAACUUUUAUUGUCUCUCUAUUUGAUAAGACUGUUUGAACUGUUACUCAAAUCAAAGCCUAUCAGAGAUUGUAACAUGUUUCCAUUUAUUCUCGACCUUUGUUUAAUUAAUCUUCAGAGAAUAAUGUGUUGAGCCCUUUUAAUUAUGCUGUAUAAUAUUUGGAAUGUUUUGUGAUUUCGGUCUUUCUAAAUAGAAAAGGAAGCAUGGAGGUCCCUGUAUUUGUAGGAUGUGGCAGCAAAUGUUAUCGUAUACAUGUAAUGAGAAGUAAAAAAAUAAAUAUAUAUAUAUAUAAACA